CAUCUCCUCGGCGUUCCGAGGGUCCGUCGCAGGAGCCGGGCCCGGCCGAUGCGGGCGCUGAGCCUUGCGCUGGGCGUGCUGUGCGCCCUGGGCGCGGGCGCGGGGGCCGGGGACGCCCUGGGGCCCCACCUGACGGCCCGCUUGGCGGCGCUGUUGAGCCCGGAGGAGUGCGAGGCCUUCCGCGUCCACCUGGCGGCGCCAGAGCCGCAGCUGCAGGAGGCGCGGAGCGACGGGGAGGACCGGGACCGGCACCGGGACCGGGCCCGGGACCGGAGGGAGGCCCGGGCCGCCCACGACCAGGACCAGGAGGAGGAGGUGCAGCCGGGCCGGGCCGGCUGCAGGGAGUCCCUGGCCGGCCGGCUGGACGCCGAGGGCCCCGGCCUGACGUGGGACCGCGUGGCCCGGGCCCUGCGACGCAGCGGCCGCCCCGACGUGGCCCGGGAGCUGGGCAAGACCCUCAACCAGGCCACGGCGCUGGAGCUGCGACGCUACGGGAGGCGCUACCUCAAGGCCUCCACCCCGACCCCCAAGCGGCCCCCGCGGGCCCCUCCCGGCCGGCCCCCGCCCCGCCGGCCCCGGGCCCCGUCGUGGGACGAGCUGGAGCCGGUGGUGGAGCGGCCGCCCCCGGGCCGCUACGAGCGCAGCCCGCUGGGCUGGGUCGAGCCCCUGGCCCUCGGCCUCUUCUCCGGCCUGGUGGGGGCCCUGGGGGUCGGGGCGCUGCUCGUCCCGCUGACGCUCUGGCUCGCCGGCGGAGACGGCCCCGGGCCGGCCCUCGAGGCGAUGGAUCCGGGCUCCCCCGAGGCGCCGCUCCUCGGGUUCCCCGCCGCCGGCGGCCAAUAGAUAGCGCUCCCGCCUGCCCCGACCGCGGCGGCGGCGUCUCGGCGCCUCUUCGCGGCUCCCGGGCCCGGGAGACGCGACGCUUACCGGGGGCGUCCCUCGAGGCCCACCGCGCCGUCCGCCCCUUCCCCCGGCCGGCGCCGCGGCCCUGCUCUCGUCCGCUCGGUGGAGUUGGCCCGCGGCCCGUGCCCUUGCCCGGGGCUGGCCCCCCGUCCGGCCGCGCUCCUGACCUCGCUCGCCCUCGCCACCCCGGGCCCAAAGCGGGGUCGCCAAGGCCCCCCCGGAGGGAAACGACCUCGCGGGGCGGACACCGCGGGCUCGCCGGGCGGACGGUUCGCCGGACCCCAAGUUCGGUGGCGACUCCGGAUCGCGAUGGGGGUCUGGGGAGGGGAGGGGGAGAGGUGGUCCGGGAGUCUUCGCCCGACUCCGGUCGCCUCCCGAGGGUCGGGACCUCCCGCCGGGCCGGGGUCACGGAGUCCCGGACGGACCGGACUCGCGGAGUCCUCCUCGCGCCGAGGCCCGGGUCCCGGGGCCCCGGAGGAGAGAGGGGCGGACGGGUCUGAGGGAGGGGAGAUGGAGGGGCCCCGGCCCGCCGGACAGCGAUGACAGAAGGCAGGCCGCUCCGAGAGGAGAGUUUAAAACAAGAUCGACGUUUCCCUUUAUUGCAAAUUCUAAAGUAAAAAGAUGUACAGUACAAAGGAAAAUCGAAACUUCAGACCGUAAACUUCCAACCCGCUUGA